CGACAACACGCAUUACGUGUACCACAACGCAUUAAGUUUUUAGACCUAAAAAUAAACUGAAAAAUGGACACGAAUUCAGAGUUUCCCGAUAUGAAAUGUUUAGAUGAAGAAACAACAAAAAUAAUGUUGAAAUCGUUUAAAGGUGAAAAACUAGGUUGGGUUACAGUAGGCAAAAAGAAGUGGUUUUUACCAAAAAAGUAUGAAAAACAAUGUUCAAUUUAUUACAAUUUCAAAGCUAAACCUGAUGAUACUUGGAUUGUUACUUUUCCUAGAUCAGGUACAACGUGGACCCAAGAAUUAAUAUGGCUUUUGAGUAACGAUUUGGAUUUUAAAACAGCAAAUUCCGUACCUCUGGUAGCGCGGUUUCCAUUUUUAGAACUCUCGAUGGCGAUAAAUGACAAUACAUCGCGAAGUAUCCUUGAUGAAAACCAGGACAAUGCAGAAAUCGAAUCGUUAGUUUCGAACAUCGAAUUGACCUAUGAAAUUGCCCGGUCAAUGCCAGCACCGAGAUUCAUAAAAACGCACUUCCCACUUAGUUUGGUGCCCGAUAUCUUGCGAUCUGGUUGUAAGAUUGUGUACGUCGCGCGUAAUCCAAAAGACGUCGCCGUGUCGUACUACCAUUUUCAUAAAACAGUCAAAGCUUACGAUUUUCAAGGAAGUUUCGAGCAGUUUUGGGAUUACUUUCAAAAUGACUUGACUUCUUGGAGUCCGUAUUGGGAACACGUGAAGGAAGCUUGGAAGUUGAGACACAAUCCAAACUUUCUCUUUCUAUUUUACGAAGAAAUGACACAGGAUUUAUUAUCUGUUUCGAAAAAAGUUGCCAAAUUUUUGGGAAAAUCUUACUCGGACGAGCAGUUCGAAAAAUUGGUAAAUCACUUGCAGUUUUCGAGUAUUAAAAAUAACGAGAUGGUAAAUUUGACGCGAGCGAACACCAAAGUAAUUUUUAAAAGUGACACUUUCAUACGACAAGGCAAGAGCGAAGCUUGGCACAGUCUAUUUACGCCAGAACUCAAUGAAAAAGCUAAUACUUGGAUUAAAGAAAAUUUGAAAGACACCGAUUUAUCAUUUCCAUUUAUAAAACUAUAUUCAUAA